CUCAGGGACUGAGCGGUUCGGACGAACAUAUGGUCACCCUCUUCUGUUUUUCUGUUCCUUUCCUUUCUAAAGCCUCAACGCUCGGGGAAACAAUGGAGGGUAUCAUCUGUUCGAGGUUUAAAGGAUCUCCAAAUCUCUCAUGAAAUUGAGGAUUACUGCUACUAGACAAGCCUCUACUGCAAUGGGGGAUUACGAAGUUAUUGGUGAAUUACCUUCUCUGAAGGCAAAUAACUCUAGAAAAGUGUCAGUUCUUCCUCUUGUAUUUCUCAUUUUUUAUGAGGUCUCUGGGGGUCCUUUUGGUGUGGAGGACACUGUGCAAGCCGCUGGCCCUCUCUUAGCUUUGCUUGGGUUCUUGGUUUUCCCAUUGAUAUGGAGUAUUCCUGAAGCUUUGAUUACUGCAGAGAUGGGAACCAUGUUUCCGGAAAACAGUGGUUAUGUGGUUUGGGUUUCCUCAGCUUUGGGUCCCUAUUGGGGUUUCAAAGGUUGGAUGAAAUGGCUAAGUGGGGUAAUUGAUAAUGCCUUGUACCCAGUAAUGUUUCUUGACUAUUUGAAGUCAGGAGUCCCUGCUUUAGGGGGUGGCAUGCCAAGAACUGUUGCUGCAUGGGGUUUGACAGUUCUUCUUACAUACUUGAACUAUAGGGGUUUAACCAUUGUGGGAUGGGUUGCUACUCUUUUAGGGGUUUUCUCUCUCCUUCCUUUUGUGGUUAUGGGAAUUUUAGCCAUUCCAGACAUGGAACCUUCAAGAUGGUUGGUGACAAAUUUGAAUGGUGUGGAUUGGAAUCUGUAUUUGAAUACUCUAUUUUGGAAUCUCAACUAUUGGGAUUCCAUAAGUACUCUUGUGGGAGAAGUGGAGAAUCCAAAGAAAACUCUUCCUAAGGCUCUCUUUUAUGCUGUGAUUCUGGUAGUUAUUGGGUAUUUUUUUCCUCUUCUAAUUGGUACUGGUGCUGUUCCUCUCAAUCAAAAAUCGUGGACCGAUGGGUACUUCUCAGAUAUUGCUAAGAUUGUUGGAGGAGUUUGGUUGAGAUGGUGGCUUCAGGCUGCUGCUGCAAUGUCAAAUAUGGGGAUGUUUGUUGCUGAAAUGAGCAGUGACUCUUUCCAACUUCUCGGGAUGGCUGAGAGGGGAAUGUUGCCUGAGUUCUUUAGGAAGAGGUCUCGAUAUGGAACCCCUCUCAUUGGCAUUCUAUUUUCAGCCUCAGGCGUGAUUCUACUAUCAUGGCUGAGUUUCCAAGAAAUUGUAGCUGCAGAAAAUUUCCUUUACUGUUUUGGAAUGAUUCUGGAGUUCAUAGCAUUCAUAUUGCUUAGGAUCAAACACCCCAACAUGCCUCGGCCAUACCAGGUACCGGGGGGAACAGUUGCAGCUAUUCUUAUGUGUAUCCCUCCAACAAUAUUGAUUUGCGUUGUACUGGCUUUUUCCUCCAUCAAAGUGAUGGUUCUGAGCCUCAUUGCUGUGUUAAUUGGUCUUGUGUUACAGCCUUGUCUGAAACUUGUUGAGAAAAAGAGAUGGUUGAAGUUCUCUAUCAACUGUAAUCUCUCAGAUCUUGACAAUGAGGAGGGUUUGUCUUUGGUAGAUUGAUUUCUCUUGAUUCACGAGAGGUGUGAAGGAAAGAUGCAAUCCAGAAUAAGAUGAUGAGGUCAAUAUAUGCACAAUAUUCAGGUUAAGGCCUCUCCGAAUCACAAGAAACAAAGAAGGGGAGCUUUGUUUCCACUUUCCGCUCAAGUAUGCCUGGGCCAAUAAUCUUUAGCUGUUUAUCGUCUUUGUUUUAAAUUUGAUGAUAAAUGGUACGGUUAUUAGAAAUAUGCAAGGUAGUUUUUAAAAUAUCUUGGGAGAUGAAGUUACUUAGUUUCUUUAUGAUAAUUCUUGGACAUCCCUGCAUUGGCUGUGUGCUAAAAAGGGUAUAUAUGGUAGCUUCAUUUUUAUCUA